AUGCGUAUCGCAAGUUGGCUCUUGGGCGGAGGCCGUGAGCACGUCGGCCUCGUUCUAGGCAAUGACGCCUCCGGCAAAACGACAUUGCUCUACAGACUCAAGCUCAAAGAAGCCGUACAGACCCUUCCGACAAUUGGAUUCAACGUCGAAACUAUAGACUAUCCCAAUGGAGAGAAAGUCACCCUCUGGGACGUUGGGGGCUGCGAUGCUAUUCGUCCUCUUAUACGACACUACAUUACCCAAGAUCGCUUCCUAAUCUUUAUUCAAAGCUGCACAGACACAGAAGACGCCGAGCGCGUUGAGUUCUCGCUCGAGUAUCUCCGCAUGGGAUUGAACAUGAUGCUUGAAUACGAAGCAAAACACAUGUUUAUCAUUUUCAACAAGCAGGACCUCCUCUCUGAAGAAGAACGACCCAAAGUCGUAAAAGAUUUAAAAGACAAGAUUGAAGCUGAGAUUAAACCAUAUGCUGAUAAGCUCGAUAUAAGGAUCUUGAACACUCCUGGUCUAAGUGCCCUUGGGGGCUGUCAGGUUAAUAAUGUCAUGGAUGAGAUACGAAAGACCCUUAAACCGAAGAAUGCAGUGAAGGAUACGAAAGCUGAGAUUGAGAUGAGGGAGAAGGGACCAGGUGAAGAGGAGCUUCGGAAUAAGAUUAGAACGGCUAAUGCUCAGAGUGUUGAUGCAAACACGUUCUGGGAGUCGUUUCUAGAUGGGAGUUUAGAGGCGUGGGAUCAUUACACUCAUCUAAGAGCAGGCUUCUUCAUCAUGCACGAUUGUUUCGGUAAAGGAGUAGGAUUGCUGGAGUGUGCCGAUGAGUUUAUGAAGCAUUUGAAUCGGCUACGGGAGGGUAAUCCCGAGAGAACAAUGACGAUAUUCUGGCUUCAUCAAAUUCAAGUCGCUGCAAUAGAAUACCAAGCACGCUCCCACCCCGGCAUAUUCCCCUCGCGAGAAGCCUACGCCGACAUCGUCUUCUCAGCACCUCAUCUCAUGAACUCCAACCUCUGGAGAGCACACUACUCCAAAGACCUGCUGUUCUCACCGCUGGCUCGUGCUAAUUACAGUCUACCGGAUUUACAGCCUCUUCCGACGAUUAAACAGGUCACUUAUACGCCUGUGCAAGAGAAAGUUGUACAUGAUGUUGAUAGGCUGCCACGGUUUGCGUUUUCGGUGGUUCAAAAGACUUUUUCGUCGAAGCUUAGACGCGGAGGGAUUGUCAAACAGGCCCUUGAAGCACUACAGUCUUCGACGAUGCGUUUGAGAGCGGUGGAUUCUUCGGUUCCUCCGUAUUCAGAGACACAAGCGUAUUUCUGGAUUCAGAUCAUCCAUGCUUACACCCGUUCCCUGGAAGUUGAAUCGUCCGAAAAGCAAUUCACCACUUACGAGGCGUUCAAAUCCCUCUUCGAUAUCAAUGGUGAUGAGUGGAAGCAGUACUACUCCCAAUCAACAUGGGAGAGCAUCCCCGCUAGAAUGGCAUUCGUCAACCCAGACAAGAAACCCCUCCCUAAUAUCUUCAACCUACCCUCCCAAGCAAGAAAAGACCUCGCUGUUUCACAAAUGAUAAACGCUACAAACAGCCGCUCAACAAAUACACACCUUCCACCAUCAGAAGAUCUAGACUUCCAAGCAGCCAUCCUCAUCGACGAAGCAAAACUCAUCCCCGAGUCUGAACUCAACGUCGCCAGCCACGCGAGCCUCAUAACAUUCCUAUUCAACCGCCUAACAGAAAAGACGAAAUCUACUAUGACUAGUAAAAAGCGCGGUGAUGCUUCGCUGGCUUCGUCGACGGCGCUGGAGAUUGCGAAGUGGACUGGUUUGACGCAGGCUAUGUUCUGGGUGCAGCAGAUACAAAUUGCGCUUGCGGGGCGGAAGGAGAUGGGGUUUGAGGAGUGCAUCAAGGAGAACUCGGUUUUGGCGUUUGGGGAGCUGCCGUUUGUGUAUUACUCACCGCAGCUUUGGGGGAGUGUUGAGGCGAGGGAUGGGUAUGUCAUGCCUGAUAGACGGGGACUUUCUAGUAUUGUACCUGGGAAAGUCAAACAGUGAUGGAUGGGUGCAUUUGACAUAGGGGUAGGUUUGGUUAUCUAUGGAUCCUGGAUAUGAGGUAUGUUACCUUGUCUAUGGUCAACGCAGAGACGAAGCCUGCUCAGUCAUGUCUGCCUCAACCAUACACUCGAAGGAACAGUCUAUCAACGUAACGCUUUGGAUUGCUCUAUAAUCUUUGUCUACGCUUCUAACGCUGUAACACGCUUUAUGUCUAAGCAAUAUCCUCGAUUCUAAUACCGACUCCAGCUCAAACAGCUGUUCCAUGAUCAACCUCAACAUCCCCCCCUCCAAGCUGACAAUCACACCCCAGAAACCUCUUCGCCGCCUCAACAUCCUCCCCAAACGAAUCAAGUAUCUUGAGCGCCUUCGAUGCAGCGCGCUGCUUGGAAUAUCGUCCACUCUCAGAUGUGUCAUCCGCGAUAACCUUUUGAUGCACCAUAAACACAGCGCACAUUUCCGUAUCCUUCAGCGCCGCCAUGCCUUGGUCUGCACUACAUGGUACAGCCUCUGCGCUGAUGCGCCAGUUUGUGCAACAGAGUUCCUGAUGCAUUUUCUUGGACAGAAAGGUGACUGGGUGUUUGUUCGCAAAAGUAUCGUAGAGCCUCAUGUCCUGGAAAUAUGGCUGGAUGAAUUUGGUGAAGAAAUUCUCGACGAC